AUGGGCAUCCCCCAUCUCUUCACCCAUCUCGGGCCAUAUGGUGUUGACACUCUUCUCACCGGUAUCAAGAUCGUCAUUGAUGGUCCCUCCUUUGCCUAUCACAUCCACAGUCUGUGCUCAAGCAACAGAGCUGGCCAGGUUUCCCACAAGCUUCUGUGCGAUGCCGCCAUAAGCUGGCUGGAUGCCCUGUCCAAGGGCUCCAAAGUAACGGCCAUCUACUUUGACGGCUACCUUCCCGCCUCCAAAUACCCCGUGCGCCUUGAUCGCCUUCUCAAGUCUUCAACCCGCCUACAGAACCUCCACAGCAGCAACCCCAAAACCUGCCCCUCUCACCUGCUGUCCGAGUCAAACGAGCUCAUCCCGGCACCCUUUCCCACAACCUACGCGCGUCGCGAACCGCCUCACCACCCUCCUUUCCUCGUUCCCGCCAUCCUCGAACGCUUGCGCCUCUCGGAGAAGUACGCACCCCUCAUCCGCCUCGUCCCGGGCGAAGCAGACGCUUACUGCGCCGACCAUGCCCUCCACCACGGCGGCUGCGUCUUGACCUCCGACUCGGACCUCCUCGUCCACGACCUCGGUCCCCGCGGCGCCGUCAUCCUCUUCCGCGACCUGCGAACCGGCACCCUCGACGGCCACCGCGGUCUCAUCGCCGCCCGCUACAGCCCCGCCUCCAUCGCCGAACGCCUGCGCCUACCCCCCACCUCGGCAGGCAUCCAGCGCUUCGCCCACGAGCUGAGCCGGGACCCUUACAAGUCCCUGCCCCAGCUCCUCCAGGCCGCGCAGCAGCGGGCCGCGGCCGAGGGUGACGACGCGGCCGAGGACGCCGCCUACGAGACCUUCCUGCGGCCGUACCGCGCCCACGACGCGCAGACGACCGCCGCCGCCGAGGCCUUUGCGGCCCUCGCCACGCCUCUCGACCCUCGCGUCUCGGAGCUCGUCCUACAGUCGCCCGCACUGCGCGCCCGCCUCGGCAUCCCCGAAGAAGAGGGGGAGGGCCAGGAGGGCCACCGCGCGCCGGACAGCGAGCCGCUGCUCUUCCUGCCCCUCCUCAUGGACUGUCCCGCGCGCCCCAGCGCCUGGGAGGCGAGCCUCGACGUGCGACGCCUGGGCUACGCCCUGCUGCGCGCGGCGCAUCCCUUCGCCGCGGCCUCGAUCAGGGAGUACCGCCGCGUGCAAUCGGCCUCGAACGCCGGCAAGCAGAUCCUGCCGUGUGACGACCCGCAGUCCCGCGCCGAGGCGCUGCUCAGCCAGCUGCAGCACGCGGCGCGCUUUGCAGAAGAAGCAGACGGAGCCCGGGCGGCCAGGGGGGCGGGGCUGCUGGCGCUGACGCUGCGGCUGGACGGGGCGGCCGCGGCCGAGGCGGGGCGCGACGCGCAGGCCGUGCCGGCGGUCAGGGAGUUCUUCGCGGCGCGGGCCGAGGGGGAGACGUUGUGGUCGACGAUCCAUCUCGCGGCGCAGGUGCAGGCUUGCUAUUACUCCCUGCGGAUCCUGUCCCAGAUCCUGUCGCUGCUGGACGCUGUGGCGGGCGACGGGACGGUUUCCGGGGCUGUGCUCGCCGGGUUGAAAAAAGAGCUCGCGAAGCUGCCGGCGUUGGAAGAGUACCCCGCUGUGAAAGACGUCACGGCUCUGCUGGAUGAGAUGCGCGCGAGGGGCCAGGUGAAGUCCUUGGCGGAGUUUGUGGGCGUCGAGCAGAGGGCCCUCGUGCCCCUGACCAAGGGUGAGGAGAAGGAGAGGAAGAAGGAAAAGAAGAGAAAGGCAGACGCUGGAGCUGUCCCGGUUGCAAAGAGGGUCUCUUCCAAUCCGUUCGAUAUCCUAGACGAGGAAUGUUGA